CCAAAAUCAGAGCUGGCGAGAUACAUGAAGUUUUGUGGCGCGGCUGAUGCAGAGUUCCGGCCUUCUACGUUUGUACCAUCGCGCACCUGAAACGCAGACCAAAGUAAAGGCCGUCGCAUCCUUGGUCAGCUGGAGACUUGCGGACUUGUUUAUGAGCCUGUCAUCGCCAGUAUCGUCCGUCUAGACACUGCGCAGUAUGACGGCACCUCCAUCUUCUUCUUCCGCACAUGGAGCAGUCUUUACAGCAGCUUCGUCGCCCGUCAUGAACUACGCCAAUUCAAUUACCAGCGACGCUCCAUCCCUUGCCUCGGCAACGGCCUUCAACACAACUCCAUCCUUCGUCAGCAGCGUCAAGCCUGCGCCCGAGUACAUAUCUAUUUCUAGUGCAUCGCAGUUGGCCACCGACGUGGCAGACGCCCGCGCCGACGAAGAGCAGACAUGGCGACUCCAUCACAGAGCGACCGUCGCCGAGAGCGCCGUCGCUUCCAUCAACCAAUUCCUCGAUCGCCAGCUCUUUGAGUACAUCAACGUCGCCCGAAGCACCACCCUUCACGCUCUGAAGCCUGCCGUCACCGAAGUGCUCAAAAAAAACCUCGCAAGAGACGCAAUCGCCAGCGCCCAAGACAACCUCGAAGAUCUUCUCGCUCUGCAGGCAGACGACGAGCUCAACGAUCAUGUCGGCCCCGCAAGCCAGAGCGGCGCCCGAUCCAACCUCGAAUUCACAUGGAAGAGAUCGCGUCUGAGAGUCAUGAUGCGCACGGAAAAGAGCGACUUUGACAUUGACGACGAUGAGCGCUACGUGCGUGAGGAGGGCUUGAACACAACCUUUUCAGAAACCGCCGGCGUCAUCAGUCUGGCUUCUGAGAUCUUCUUGGCCGGCGUGCUCGACUAUCUAGGCGAGAUGGUCAUCACAAUGGCUUCACAGAACGCCCUGGCUCGCAUCCAACGGGCGGCCGCCACGACGUCUCUGCCCGAGAACAGCGACGACGUCACAUACAUCCUCGUUGAAGACACUGAUCUGGAAAGAGCCAUUCUCAAUUCACCUCUCGACCGCCAGUGGCGUGCUUGGAAGAAGUCUGUUCGCCUCCUCAAUCGAGUUUCUCAGCAGAGUCAUUCGGCCGCGAACAGCCCUACCAUCUUCCGCCGUGGCAGCCUCUGGGAUCGCUUCCCUGACCUUCCCGAGAACAACUACCCUGAGCAUGUUCUGGCCUCAAACAUCCCCCUGCCCGAGAACCAACGCGAUGUUGAUGAGAUAGAAGUCCCAGGACUUGCCAAAGAUCCAGAUCGCCCAGACUCUGCUCAGCAAUCUCGUGACCACCCUCGAGAGUAUCGCCCACAAAGUGCUGGUUUUGGCAGUACCCGCCAGUUCCGAUCCGACACUCUUGCCAAAUCUCGACCCUUCUCGGUGCCUCUGCCCAUAACGACUCCUCUCGUUGAGGCUCCAGGAGCUUGGCCCGCCGAUACUCCGGUCGCAGAAAUUGCCAAUCCCACUUCGCGCUUCGCCGAGGGAGAAGCCGGGGAAGGUUUGCCCAGCGUUCAGAUGCACGGAUCUGAGAGACCGGAGUCAAGAGAUAGCGCACACACUGAGAAGGCUUCUAUCUCAUCACAGCCCACCAGUUUCGGUGAUCGUGUAUCCGCCAUGAGGGUAGUUCAGCGACCUAAGAGACUCGCCAUCUACGGUCCCUCAUCAGCUAGAUACACGCAAGCAUUCAAUCUCUCGCAAGAAGGCUUGGAGCUUGCAGCAGAGUUGGACCGUCCUUUCAGUCCAGAAGACUUCCUGGCAAGCCGCAACUUGAGUGGCUCACACUCGGGUUUGACUCCGACAUCUGCUGGAAGCAAGUCUCAUUCUCUCGAGCCGCCCGCAGAACUUUCUGCCGAGACCUUUAUGGAGUUAGAUAGCGGUAGUGAUGCACAAAGCGAACCAGAGCCGAUCGUGCACACUGCGGGCAGUUCACCCAAUUUACCUACAAGUCCAUUGGCAAGACAGUUUCCUGGUCUUGGCAUCUCGAGGACCGGCUCCGACGCCUCGUCAAAACGUGAAAGGACGCCUAUCUACGAACAACGCGUCUCGGCCGAUUUCAUGAAGACCAGGCGAACAUCCAAACUUACGGAUCCAGAUUCAAACAGCCCUGGUGACAGAGGUAGCUUGCGACAGAUUUCCACAACAUCCAACAGACAAAGCUUGGACGAGAGAAGGAAACUUCCCACCACAUCAAUGACCUCGGAACAAGACUUCGAUGCUCUCCUUCGAAGAGACGAGACCAUCAAGUACACAUUGACUCCCGAGACUGUUCGGGAUUCGGAUCGACCCUGGAGUCCCCAAGCAAAGAGGAAGCAAGCAUUUGGAUCAAACUCGAGAGAAAGUAUCAAGAAGGACAGCGAUGCACAGUCCGUGCGCUCGAACCGAAGUGCGACGUGGUCUCUUGGAGGAGCAAAGGAAAAGAAGGAGUCCAAGGCAGUCGAAGACACCAGACGCAAAGCAUCCAUCAGUCGCCCGACACCCCAAAACUUGCAUGCUCUCCCUUCUGGUCAGGUUGCACGCGAGCCUGUUAUGCAGACCGAGUCGACUAGAGACUUCGCUGACUUCAUUCGAUCGACUGGGCCAGACAAGGAGCCAGACCUUGUCGUACCUGGUCUAGCCGCACGCCGCAGCCUGACAUCAAUUCGAGCUACUGCCCAAGCACAAGCUUCGAGUGCUAGAGAUGCUCCGCCUGUGCCAAAACCGGCCAAUGCUGGCGGGAAGUAUAUUCCAAGAAGCCCUCUUGGACCGCAAGCCAAACGCUCAGGCAACAGACCAAGUUUGACUGCAAGGGGAGCCACAGGGUCAUCCGAUAACAACAGUGACCUGAUUGACUUCAUCCGCGGUGGCCCGCCUGGUCCGAAUGGUAAGGCUCGCGUUCCUAAUCACAUCGCUCCUUUUGCAGACUGGGAAGGAGGCGAUGUUCGAACUACGAUCACUGGCGCGUCCGAAGCACCCCAAAACCCGAACGUGAACAGGCCCAUGACUUCUUCCACGUCUGACUCACGCACUGGUCUCCUAAUGAGUGGACCGGCUACGCCCAAUUAUGGUAGUGGCAACACGCCGAAGUUGCCUAUGUCACCAUUGACUCAACCAAGCUCUCCAGCACUGAAUCUUGUUCUUCCCAGUACGCGACCCAUCGUAGGCAGCGAUGGCCGCACGAGAAGCAGAGUGAAGGAUCCCUACGCUAUUCCUGACGACUCUGACGAGGAUGAUGAUGAGGAAGACAUGCUCGCUGCUUUACCGCGUUCCAACAACAGCAGCGGUGCAGUCGCAGGUGCGCAGCAACCUCGUGCUAGCUCUGUCACCAGUGCGCACUCUUCUGCUGGGCGCUCACCUGCCUUGAGCAAUGGCAACACUCCCACUCUGUCACCCAAUCCAGGAUAUGCUCACAGUGUCAACAGUACUCGCUCUGUGACCUCAACAUCUGCUGUGCGCCCUGCACAUAUUACCUCGCAGAUCUCAAGUGGUUACGUGCCGCGAAGUAACAAGCCUAAGAUGGAAGUUCGCUCAGCUGGUGUCGUGAGAAAUGCUAGGCUGGAUCCAUUUCACUCAUCUGGAACUAGCGACCUGGCAGACUUCCUGAUGUCAUCUGGACCACCAGAGCCCACUCAAAGGCAAGCUCCAGCGCCUGCCAUGGGCAGAGGUGGCAAGCCCGAAAAGGCAGAGAAGAAGAAGACCAAGUUUUGGCAACGCAAGACAACCUAUGUCGAUAUGCCUUGAUCAUGAGCUUCUACGCCUUGCUCGCUCCUUAAUUCUAUGCUCCAGGAUACACCUGGAUUCUCUUCUUGUACAUGUUUGAGUUUAUCUCGACGGAUAAUUUUAGCACAGUCAGUAGCGCGUAGCGCAAAGUGCAAGCCAAAGAAUGGCGGCUGAUCAGGUUCCAGAGUGGUCAUACAGUAAAGCUUGCCGAUCCACAAGACUUCUAAGUAGACGGAAAGGCUACGUCGACGCAUUCUGGAAGCUUUUCUCAGUAUGAAACGGAUGGGGAGGAAGGUUUCUGCGAUUAAUUUUUUGCACUUUUUUCCAUGGGCGCAGUUGGAUACCCCUUUGUUCAGUCGUACAGGAUAGACAUCAUGUCGUUUGAUAAUUUCCCG